AAACUUUUUAUCAGAGGGAUGAUAAUGAUUAUGAUUAGAUACUUAAAUAAACAACCUUGAAAAACUGAAGCGUGGAAAUCAUGUGAUAUGCUAUGAAUCAACAAAGUUAAACAUUUAUAUUCAUAAUUAAUAAAACCCACUUAAUUUAUCAAAGUAUGAACUCGAAGAAAAACAAUUAUUUAUCUAUACUUGAAAGAGAUUUCGACUUACUUGACAGAAAUAAAAAUGGUUGGUUAAACAAAAAAGAAGUUCAGAACUGUCUUACCUCGUUUGGAUUCGAUCCACGUUAUACUCAGGAGUUCAUGGUACACUUCGAUGUAAACAGUGAUGACAAAAUAACAAAAACAGAAUUCCUUGAAGCUGCGAAACAAAUUAAAAUUGGGAAAAUAACUGAUGCAGAAAUGCGUUCAGCAUUUAGAAGUGCUGAUAAAAAUAAAUCUGGUAAACUCGAUGCCUAUGAGUUGAGAGAUUUUUUGAAAAAACAGAAAAAUGUCGUUUCCAUGGAUCUCUGUACCAAGUGGAUAAGACAGAAUGAUAAAAACGGAGACCAAAAAUUGGAUUAUGAAGAAUUUUUGAAGUUUGUUCAAUCCAUGUUAUGAAAAGAGGACGUUGGCUUCAUUUGCUCACCUUUACGAUACUAAAAACUAAUAUAAGACUAAAUAUUUAGAAGUAGCCAUUUGUGUAUUUUUUUAAAUAAUCGUAUGAAUAAAUUAUGAAAGUUAUCUGGGGAGAAUAA